AUCAUGGAAGCCCUGCACCGCCUGCUGCAGGGGCUGUUGGGCAGCACCGGCUCCACUGUCCUCAAGGAGCUGCAGAACAUCUUGGAGCUCCUGCUGCCCUUCACCAUGUGCCAGCAGGCCACCGUGGAGGAGAGGGCCGUGGCGUGCAUUGGCAGGCUGCUCGCCUUCACCAACUCCUGCUCCUCGCCCAAGGUAGGAGCCCUGGUGCUCACAGCUUCGGGGACCGCGUCCUGGCUCCCCAGCCGGAGCCCACCUGUCUCACCUGCCUCCAGGCUUGCGCACAGCCUGGGCUGGGCCCCGCUGCCCCGCUCAGCCGUGCGCCCCCGCUGUCUCUCUCCCCAGCCGUGCUCCUGCUUCAUGGAAAUCGCGGCCUUCCAGCACAAGUGCCAGGAGAACCAACGUUUCCCUAUACUGGGCAAGCUGGCCGGGCACCUCAUCCUCUCCUGCACCUCCACGGAUGAGAGGACGAGAGACGAGGCGAUGAAGGCUGUCCGUCAGCUUUUCACCCUCAUCCCCAUACCAAGAUGGUCGCUGGAGCAGCAGAGGCCCAAGGUGCCACGGCUCUGGGAGAGCCAGCUAGCUUUGCUCCACCAGGAGGCUUCCCACGACAACAGAGCCAUUAAGAUCUUUCAGGUCCUUCUGAAAUACCUGGCGUACCCUGAAACGGUCAACAUAUUACUUUGCACCAUCGAGAGCAUGACAGUGCCAAGCCUCCACAGCACCGAGCUGGCUGCCCACAUGGUGGAUGUGCUCGCUGCAAAGACUUGCUUCCCUCCACGGCAGGUGUGGAAGAUCAUGAAGACCAUCUACAACAGCCUGCCGUCCAUCAGAGACAGGGCAGCUCGCAAGAGCCUGGGCAGGGCCCUGCUCGUGCUGGCCAGCAAAUUCCCCAAGCAGAUGGUCAGCAGCCUGCUGGUCUGCUCCCCCACCUGCACCAGGUACGGGGCCCACGGCCCUCAGGGCUCCCUUCCCCUCCCCUCCCCUCGCCACCCCACGGCUGUCAGCCAGGCAAGGGCAGCCAUGCUGACAGCCCUGGGGACCUGCAGGGCCGCUGUCACCAUGUGGAGGGAAAUGCUCUCAAAGCCCCCGGUCAUGGAGAAGGUGCUGCAGGAGCUGCUCCAAGUGCUGAUAAACCAUUCUGAGCACCACGCGUCACCGUUCAUGAGGGACAGGCCACGUGUCCUUGCCCUGGCCGCUGCAAGGACCCUACCGGAGAUACUCCAGCUGCCUCUGGUCCUGAAGAAGGCCCGGGCCAUCUUCCCAAAGCUCUUCCUGGCCCUCCUCCUGCAAGUGUCCUUCACCACCAAGCUGACACAGCAGGAGGUGGAGAUCUUCUGGGAGGCGCACCAGCAGAACCCGCUCACUCCCAUCAGGUGCCGCAUCCCCGCCCCCCGCUGCACCAGGACCCGGUGCUGGGGCUCCCGAUGCGACUCGCACCCUUCUCCACCUGCAGGUCCGCGGUGCAGGCCAUGAAGG